GGUGGCGUGCGUCGAGGUGACGGAGCGGGCCGGACGCGUCCCUUUGUUGGCUCAGCGGCGCCUGUGAGGAGCGGCGGCGGCGGCGGGUGCUUGUGAUCGGUCCGCCGAAGGGAGGCGGCCAGGCCGAAGCCUUCGGAUCCCGGUGGGGCCGCCCCGCUCGCGGCCCGUCUCGCCGCCUCGCGUGCUCCAGCCCGCGCCGCCAUGGACUCGGACGAAGGCUACAACUAUGAGUUCGACGAGGACGAGGAGUGCAGCGAGGACAGCGGCGCCGAGGAGGACGACGACGAGCCCGACGACGACGAGGACGAGCCCGACGACGACAACCUCGACCUGGGCGAGGUGGAGCUGGUCGAGCCCGGGCUGGGCGUGGGCGGCGAGCGCGACGGGCUGCUGGGCGGCGAGACGGGCGGCCUGGGGCCCGGCGGCGGCGGCCUGGGCGGCAGCGGGCUGGGCGGGCCAGGCCCGGGCGGCGGCGGCGGCGGCGGCGGCGGGCUGGGCCACGAACAGGAGGAGGAUUACCGCUACGAGGUGCUGACGGCCGAGCAGAUCCUGCAGCACAUGGUGGAGUGCAUCCGAGAGGUCAACGAGGUCAUCCAGAAUCCAGCAACCAUCACCAGGAUACUCCUUAGUCAUUUCAACUGGGAUAAAGAAAAGCUGAUGGAGAGGUACUUUGAUGGCAACCUGGAGAAGCUGUUUGCAGAAUGUCACGUCAUAAAUCCUAGUAAAAAGUCUCGAACACGUCAAAUGAACACAAGAUCAUCUGCGCAGGACAUGCCAUGUCAGAUCUGCUAUCUCAACUAUCCUAAUUCGUAUUUUACUGGCUUGGAGUGUGGACAUAAGUUUUGCAUGCAGUGCUGGAGCGAAUAUUUAACUACCAAAAUAAUGGAGGAGGGCAUGGGACAGACAAUUUCAUGCCCAGCUCACGGCUGUGAUAUCUUGGUUGAUGACAAUACAGUUAUGCGCCUGAUCACAGAUUCAAAAGUUAAAUUAAAGUACCAGCAUUUAAUAACGAAUAGUUUUGUAGAGUGCAAUCGACUGUUAAAAUGGUGUCCUGCUCCAGAUUGCCACCAUGUUGUUAAAGUACAGUAUCCUGAUGCUAAGCCCGUUCGCUGUAAAUGUGGCCGUCAGUUUUGUUUUAACUGCGGGGAGAACUGGCAUGAUCCUGUUAAGUGCAAGUGGUUAAAGAAAUGGAUUAAGAAGUGUGAUGAUGACAGUGAAACUUCUAACUGGAUUGCUGCAAACACAAAGGAAUGCCCCAAAUGCCACGUGACCAUAGAAAAAGAUGGUGGCUGCAACCACAUGGUCUGUCGGAACCAGAAUUGUAAAGCAGAGUUUUGCUGGGUGUGUCUUGGCCCAUGGGAGCCGCAUGGAUCUGCCUGGUACAACUGCAAUCGCUACAAUGAGGAUGAUGCCAAGGCAGCAAGAGAUGCCCAAGAGCGAUCUAGAGCCGCCCUGCAGAGGUACCUCUUCUACUGCAACCGUUACAUGAACCACAUGCAGAGCCUGCGCUUUGAGCACAAACUCUACGCCCAAGUCAAGCAAAAGAUGGAGGAGAUGCAGCAGCACAACAUGUCAUGGAUCGAAGUCCAGUUCCUAAAGAAAGCGGUCGAUGUCCUCUGCCAGUGCCGUGCCACGCUCAUGUACACCUACGUCUUUGCCUUCUACCUCAAAAAGAAUAAUCAGUCCAUUAUCUUUGAGAAUAAUCAAGCAGAUUUGGAAAAUGCAACCGAGGUCCUUUCUGGGUAUCUGGAACGAGAUAUAUCUCAAGAUUCACUGCAGGAUAUAAAGCAGAAAGUGCAAGAUAAAUACAGAUACUGCGAGAGUCGACGAAGGGUGUUAUUGCAACAUGUGCAUGAAGGCUAUGAGAAGGACCUGUGGGAGUAUAUUGAGGACUGAAAGUGGCCUGCAUAAAACGGACUCUGAAAAUCUUUUCCCAUCUAGAGUGCUCAUACAAUUAAAACAACCCCCCCCACACACAAAAGGGCACGACGCCUAUUACACCGCUGGUCUGUAGUACCGGAAUUCUGUUUUUUUGUUAAUGGAAAAAUUUAAGUAAAUUAUAUUGUAAUAAAAAAAAGGUAGAUAAACCAUUGUACAACAGUAUUCUAGGUGGCCAGUAAGUGUGACAGACGCACUAAAAACCAAACCGCCCUCCCAACUUUAACUUGUAACGUAGCUUCAUUCUCCAAGCUGACUUUUUUUCUCCUCCUCCUGUGCAUAUGACAGAUGAAAUUUAAAACAGUUUCUUGACACUGCUUUUCAUGUCCGACCAGCCAUUUUGAUGUACUUUGGUAUGAGAUUUCCCCACACCCGCCCCCCCUUCCCUCCUGCUCCCCGUACACAUACACCGGUUCAUGGGUGAAUGUUGUUUGGCUUAUUGUAAAGAAGAUUUGGGGAGGGGGGAGGAAGGGCACAAACAAGGAAAAACUUUGUAUAUGACUUUUAAAAAAAAAAACAAAAACAAAAGAGGACAACACAGUAUUUUUCAAAAUUGUAAAUAGCGCAUAUGCAUGGACAAAGAGCAAGCGUGGCACGUGUUUGCAUAAUGUUUAAUUACAAAAAUAUUUAUUCUUUAAAAACCUUCAAGAUGUCUA